AAGUCAUUUGUUCAGUUUUAUAAAGUACAAUUGACUUUCAAAAUGAAACUUGGUGCAGUUUCAAUUAUUCAAGAAAAUUUGGUUGGAUUGAGAAUAUUAUUAACAGAGAAAACAAUCAUUUCAAUUACUAACGUGAUCAUGAACAACAAAUCAGUUGCAGAUCGUUUCGGAGUGUCAAUCAACACUGCUUGGAGAUCUUCCAUGAAAGUCUGUCAUGCCUUGUGUGAAAGGUCUGCCAAUUAUAUAAAGUGGCCUCAAGGAGCAGAAAUGAGAAGAGUUCAAGCAGAGUUUCAGGAAAUUUGUGGAUUUGAUAAUGCGAUUGGAGCCAUCGUCGGAUCUCACAUUGAGAUAAGGCCCCUUCAAGAGGCUGAUAGUUAUAUCAAUCGAAAGGUCUUCCAUUCACUCUUGUUGCAAGGGAUUUGUGAUGCAAAUCUACGUUUCAUCAAUAUCUUUGCUGGGUUGUGCGGAAGCGUUCAUGAUUCUCGCAUGUGGAACAUGAGCGACAUAAAAGAAGCCAUCGAAGAAGAUAUAUAA